AUGCCUACUUCCAACCCGGACACCAACCACCAACCCCUCCACGCCCUCGUAGCCCUCCUCCUCGCCUACUACCUCCUCGCCGCCACCACGCGCCUCAAAACCUCACUAGUCGACACCAUCCUCCUGCGCUCCUUCCCCCGCUGGGCGGAGAAGUACACCGUCCUCCAACACACGCAUCUGCACCCUUGGCUCCGCCCUUGCUGUCUGAACGCCGUGGUUGGCAUCGCCGUGGCGGUGGGGUGGAGGGUGUGGAUGGGGGAGGGGACGAGGUUGUGGGUUGUUGUGGCGAGGGUUACGCCGGGGUGGAUGCUUCUCGAGAUGGGUGUUGUGGGGGUGCUUUGGGGGGUCGAGCAGUUCCUUCGCUGGACUUAUAAGGCUGGGAAGGCGGUGGGGUGGGUUCCGUGCGAUGAGGUGGAGGAGGCGUGGGCGAGGCUUUCGGUGCUGCGGAAGGGGAAUCCCCCUGAGUCUCCGGACAGCCAAGACAGCCAGAUGCUAGACUCCGCCGUGGUGUCCCCAAGCGACGAGGAGAUACCCGUCCAGCAUCCACAGCGAAACUCCCAUUCCGACCUCCAACCCUCUUCCCACGACCAACCAGCAAAAUCCCCCUUCCGCCUCAGCGAAUACCACCGCCUCUACAAAUUCCUCACAAACUCCUUCCAAGGCGCCAAGAUCGAAGAAUCAACCGGAACCACGACAUACCACUCCAUCACAGCCGAGAAGAAAUACCAAAACAAGAGCUUCGAGGAGUUGCGCGUCCAACACUACCGGGAUGUGCACGGCCACGGUCCGGGAUCUGAGCGCUUUGUACAGGAGGAAGAGCAGCAGUCGUUUCUCGGCAGAUCGUGGUCCUAUCUUACGGAUUCGUUGUUUGGGGGCGAGAGUUUGGCGAGUUGGGAUUCUUUUGGGAGGAGCACGGCGGUUGCGAGGGAUUCGGUGAGAGGUGAUGGUGCUCGGAUUGGUGAGGGGAGGGGUGUGGUGCCGGAUCUUUUGACGGGGACGCCGAGGAGGUUGUUUACUUGA